AUGUCCCAGCCCUGGCAGCGACGGCUCUGCCUCGGGGACCCCGGCACGGGGAGCCAGGCAGGAGCUGCCGGGUCAGAGCGGGACUUGGGGGGACAUGGGAUCAAGAGGACACGGAAUCAAGGGGGAUAUCGGCUCGUGGGGGGCCUGCUGCUGCUGCCGCUGCUCGCCCCGGCCCUGCGCGCCCAGCAGCAGCAGUUCAUGGAGUACGUGGAGCGCCGCCUCACCCUCCUGGAGGAGAGGAUCUCCCAGUGGCACGACCAGAGCAGCCGCUACUCCACGGAGCUGCGGGACUUCAAGAACCAGGUGCUGGGGAUGCUGGAGGCGGCCGAGAAGGAGCGGGAGGCGAUGCGGGCGGAGGCCGAGGGCGCGGCCGUGCGCGUGGACCGGCUGGAGAGGGAGGUGGAUUACCUGGAGACACAGAACCCCGCCCCGCCCUGCGUGGAGGUGGAUGAGACGCUGAUGGACAAGCAGGUGGCCACAGCCAAGCAGAGGAAGAACGAGAAGUACACCAAGCUCACAGAUUGCAGCGACACCAUCGCCAGUGUCAGGGCCAUGAAGAUCCUGAAGCGCUUCGGCAGCGCCUCGGGGCUCUGGACCAAGGACGCCGCGGGGAGCUCGGAGAAGAUUUACGUGUUCGACGGAACCGCCAACGACACGGUUUACGUCUUCCCCCGCAUGCGGGAGUUCACCCUUUUCUCUGCCACCCGCAAGGCCGCCCGCAUCAAGCUGCCCUACCCCUGGGUGGGCACCGGGCACCUCGUCUACGACGGGCACCUCUACUACAUCCGCCAGCAGGGCCCGUCCUUCCAGGUGAUCAAGUUCAACCUGGCCAACAAGACGGUGGUGGACAGCUCGGUGUUCCCGGCCGAGGAGCAGAUCCCCGUCUUCGGGCUCUCCCCCUCCACCUACAUCGAGGUGUCGGCCGACGAGGAGGGGCUCUGGGCCAUCUACGCCACCAAGGAGGACGAGAAGAACAUGUGCCUGGCCAAGCUGGACCCCGUCUCGCUGGACAUCGAGCAGAUGUGGGACACGCCGUGCCCGCGGCAGAACGCGGAGGGCGCCUUCGUGGUGUGCGGGGCGCUGCACGUGGUGUACAACACGCGCCCGCCCGGCCGCGCCCGCGUGCAGUGCGUCUUCGACGUCAGCGGCACGCUGGCCCCCGAGGACGCCGCCCUGGCCUACUUCCCCAAGCGCUACGGCUCCCACGCCAGCCUCAAGUACAGCCCCCGCGAGAGGCAGAUCUACGCCUGGGACGACGGCUACCAGAUCAUCUACCGCAUGGAGAUGAAGAAGAAGCUGGAGGUGUGAGGGCGCUGCCCAGCCCAGCCCUUCUCCCAUCACUGUGAAAUGAAGAAAUGC